AUGUUUAAUGAUUUUUCGCCCUUUCUUUCUAUCUAUCUAUCUAUCUAUUCAUCUAUCUAUCUAUCUAUAAAUCUAUCUUUGAAUGUCUGUUCCCAUAUAUAUCUUCUAUCUAUCUAUCUAUCUAUCUAUAUCUAUCUAUCUAUUCAGUCUGUUCCUAUCUAUCUAUCUUUAUCUAUCUUUAUCUAUCUAUUCUAUCUAUCUUCUAUUCAUUUCUUUUUUAUAUUAUCAAUCAUUCCAUUUUAUCUAUCUUUCUAUUCAUUGGAUCUAUCUAUCUUCAUUCAUCUAUCUAUCUUCUCUGUUUUUAUAUUUAUCUUUCUUUCUAAAAAUCUAUCUAUCUAUCUAUCUAUCUAUCUAUCUAUUCAUCUAUCUAUCUAUCUAUCUAUCUAUUAUAAGGAGAUUACUACUACUACUUUUUCAUCUUAUUUUUUCCUCUUCGUCGUUUUCUUCUUCUCCUCCUCCUUCUUAUUCUUCUUCUUCUUUUUGUUCUUCUUCUUCUUGUUCUUCUUUCACUCCUACUACUACUUCUUUUUCAUCUUAUUUUUUCCUCUUCGUCGUCUUCUCCUCCUCCUCCUCCUUCUUCUUCUUCUUCUUCUUCUUCUUCUUCUUCUCCUCUAUUCAUUAUCUCUCUCUCCCCUCUCUCUUUCUCUCUCUCUCUUUAAAUUUGGUUACAUCUAUCUAUCUAUCUAUCUAUCUAUCUAUCUAUCUAUCUAUCUCAGUCUUCGUUAUAAUUCUCAGUCUAUUCAUUAUCUCUCUCCCCUCUCUCUAUAUAUAUAUAUAUCAAUUUCAUUCAUAUCUAUCUAUCUAUCUAUAUCUAUCUAUCUAUCUAUCUAUCUCAGUCUUCGUUAUAAUUCUCAGUCUGUUCAUUAUCUCUCUCUCUCCCCCCCUCUCUCUCUAUAUAUAUAUCAAUUUGUUCACAUUCUAUCUAUCUAUCUAUCUAUCUAUCUAUCUAUCUAUCUAUCUAUCUCAGUCUUCGUUAUAAUUCUCAGUCUAUUCAUUAUCUCUCUCCCCCCUCUCUCUAUAUAUAUAUAUAUAUAUCAAUUUUGUUCUAUAUCUAUCUAUCUAUCUAUCUAUCUAUCUAUCUAUCUCAGUCUUCGUUAUAAUACUCAGUCUGUUCAUUAUCUCUCUCUCCCCCACCUCUCUCUCUCUCUCUAUAUAUAUAUAUCAAUUUGUUCAUAUCUAUCUAUCUAUCUAUCUAUCUAUCUAUCUAUCUAUCUAUCUAUCUCAGUCUUCGUUAUAAUUCUCAGUCUGUUCAUUAUCUCUCUCUCUCUCUUUCUAUAUAUAUAUAUAUAUAUAAAUUUGUUCAUAUCUAUCUAUCUAUCUAUCUAUCUAUCUAUCUAUCUAUCUAUCUAUCUCAGUCUUCGUUAUAAUUCUCAGUCUAUUCAUUAUCUCUCUCUCUCCCUCUCUCUCUCUAUAUAUAUAUAUCAAUUUGUUCAUAUUCAUUCAUCUAUCUAUCUAUCUAUCUAUCUAUCUAUCUAUCUCAGUCUUCGUUAUAAUUCUCAGUCUAUUCAUUAUCUCUCUCUCCCCCCCUCUCUCUCUCUAUAUAUAUAUAUCAAUUUGUUCAUAUCUAUCUAUCUAUCUAUCUAUCUAUCUAUCUAUCUAUCUAUCUAUCUAUCUAUCUCAGUCUUCGUUAUAAUUCUCAGUCUGUUCAUUAUCUCUCUCUCUCUCUCUCUCUAUAUAUAUAUAUAUCAAUUUGUUCAUAUCUAUCUAUCUAUCUAUCUAUCUAUCUAUCUAUCUAUCUCAGUCUUCGUUAUAAUUCUCAGUCUAUUCAUUAUCUCUCUCCCCCCUCUCUCUCUAUAUAUAUAUAUAUCAAUUUGUUCAUAUCUAUCUAUCUAUCUAUCUAUCUAUCUAUCUAUCUAUCUAUCUAUCUAUCAGGCAUUGAGCCGACAUUUAUUCGUGUUAACUUUCGUCAUCGUGACGUCUUUUCUUCGUCUGGCCUCCUAUCCUAAUUUAACUUCCUACCCCCUUUUCGAUUCUUUCUUUCUUUCUUUCUUUCUUUCUUUCUUUCUUUCUUUCUUUCUUUCUUUCUUUCUUAUCAGUUAUCUUCCUACCCCUUUCUUUCUUUUUUUUCUUUUCUUUCUUUCUUUCUUUCUUUCUUUCUUUCUUUCUUUCUUUCUUUCUUUCGUAUCAGUUAUCUUCCUACCUCCUUUUUUUUUCUUUCUCUUUUUUUUACAAUAA